UGCUCCUUCAUUUGGGUUUGGAUCAUCGUACGUGGAGUCUUGGUACUCAUGGACAGCAGUGAUGUGCAAUGUACUAAAUUUGUCACCUGUGAGAUACUACUACAGCAGUACUUACAAGAUUCCUAUUUGUCUUGUGAUAUGGGAGACAAUAUUGUUGAAAUAUGGAGCUGUUAAAAGUAGAUAAGUUUCAGGCCAGUUUACCAGCACAAGCCGGAAGGUUACGCCAUUAAAUUGAUUCGCUAAAACCCCACGUUUCCGCCCGUUAGUGACAGCGAUUGUGUGUGUUCCACGACCUUUCGCAUACACCCACCCUAUCUAAUUAAUCGUAUUUUUUUUUACGGUCGAUAUGAUUUUCAGAAAAAGAUAGCGGAAAAUAACUGUGAUUUUCAUUUAAAGUAAAGAAUCUUUUUAAAAAAAAUGAAGCUAAUGUUGCUGCGUAAUUGAAUGGAUCUGGAGCUUUUUGGCUUCCGGCAGUAGCAAACUUUUUUUUUCUUAUGCUAUUCACUACAAAGUUAAUGAUUGUAUUCUAUUGCAUAGGGCAGCCUGGUAAGCAAGAAAUCCUCCCGACAUCCAACACGAUUUGAAAUAAUUAUGUUUUUCUUUCUGGACGGGCCGACGCUGAUUUGGCCAAUUGUUUUCGGAAUUCGGACGCCAAUCAACCGUCAAGCGCCACGCCUUUUUUUUUUGUCGUUCUUUACACUUCGAUGAAAUCAAAAAAGAAACGAAUCAAAGUAGAACAGGAACGUGAUGCGAAGCGGAAGAAAGAGGAUCGCCGCGCGGGCGCGUCGCUCUCUUCCCUUAGAGGUACGAUAUCUACUGAGAAGAUAUCCGCAUCCAGCAGUCGACGAUCCGUCUCCCUCGUGGAUGGAAGAACGCAAAAAUAUUUCCGAGAGGUACGUGCUGGACCGUAGGUUAAACUCGCUCCAUCAAUAGACUUUUUCGAUAGCAAGAGCGGGAGGACAAAGAAGUUUGGAUUGCGUGUUUGCUGUGCUUUGUUGAAUUCUGUGGUCUGCAGCCGAAAGAAAGGUGGCCACGGAAAGCAAUAGCCGGAUGGAUGGAGCGUGAUAAUUGAUCCAUCGACAGAUCGACAUAAUGGAGAUCAACCGACUGUUUCUCACCCUUCAAUUGCUGUUCAUCGUCUACAAACGGGGGAGUACAGGAUCUUCCGCCAGAGUAGUCGAAACGUCAGACACUCUGGCGAUUGAUGGACCGCAUUUCAUUAUGGAACCGCCGGCCUGGCUCGAAUUUACCAAUCAAACGGGGGCGACCGUCUGGUGUGCCGCUGCUGGACAUCCUCAACCCACUGUGAUGUGGAUGGCCGCUUCCGAAAUGUCCACUUCUUCCUCGACGACCAGUGUAGCCGAAAUAGCUGGACUCCGUCGCCUAGCAAAUAGUGCCGGACAUAACGUUUCAUUAAUCUUCCCGCCAUUCGCAGCCACAGCUUAUCGUCCUGACGUUCAUUCGACGGCCUACCGUUGCCGCGCUAGUAGUCCAGCCGGAACAAUUUUAAGCCGAGAAAUGAGGCUCAGAAGUGUGUUGGUCCAGUCGUACGAGACUCAGGCUGUGGCCGGCUCUGCUGUGAAAGGCGGAAUAGCCGUCCUUCGUUGCGCCAUUCCGCCGGCUAUCAAAAACGAUAUCAAAGUAACGGCCUGGAUUCAAGAAUUCACCGGCCUGACCAUCUUUCCAUCUCUCCAAGGCGAUGGAAAACACCAUAUGUUGCCUGGGUCGGGCGACCUCUAUCUGUACGGUGUCGACAAAAGUGACAUCCGGGCCGCUUAUCGGUGCCGGACGCAGCAUAGAUUGCACGCAGCAGGCUUCCAUCAACAGCUUAGUGCCAACACGGCCACCAUCGCCGUAUCCGAACCUUCGAGUGUUGUCGGGCCGACAGUGAACGUCAAAACGUCUAGCAUUCAAGUGACAUUGAACGAGAACAUUGCCAUUCCGUGCGUAGCUCAAGGCUAUCCCAUUCCAGAAAUCAGAUGGUAUCGAUUGGAAAGCGAUGGGCCGCCUACUCCGAUGGAAGAAUCGACGGCUAGUUUCGGUGUUUUGGUGCUGGAGAAUGUCCAGCCGGAAGACGAGGCGACUUAUCGUUGCACGGCGGCCAAUAGCGUCGGACAGAGUUUACCUUACGAUGUCCGUCUUGAGGUGGUGGAACCUUUGAAAGCAAAGCUUCGACCUGACAAGGCCGUUUUGCGGAUUAAUCAGGGUCAGACGGCCCAAAUCGAAUGCUCCUUCCAGCUGGAUCUGCAGAAUCAUCAUUAUCGGAACACGAACGGAUUAGCCGGACAUUCGUCGACCGUCCGUCCCAUCAUCAAAUGGUUGAAGGACGGGCUAAUCGUCACCACGUCGACCGUGGUGGCCGACACCAAUCCGAGCAGCAGUUCCAAAUAUCAGCAAUCGGCCGUCUUGAUCUCUAGAGCUUCCACAUCCGGACAACAGGAGCAAAUCUGGUCAUUGCGGAUCAGCAAUUUCCAACGAGCCGACGAAGGCAUUUACCAGUGUUUUGUCUACACGGACAAAGAGUCAGCCCAGUCAUCUGUCCGUCUCUUGCUCGGAGAAGCGGCGCCGCAAAUGGUUCACACGUUCAACGAACAGACGCUCGUUCCGGGUCCGUUUGUAACUCUACGAUGUACGGCCAUCGGUAAUCCACCACCGGACAUAACGUGGUUGCUGGAUAAGCAACCUCUAUCGUUCCAGCAACAACAACAACAGCUCAUUCAUAGCGCCAGGAUAUCGCAGAGUCAAAUAGUGUCGGCCGGAGGGGAGACCACUGGCCAUCUGAACAUCAGCAGCGCUCAAGUAGAAGACGGUGGUGAGUAUACGUGCGUAGCGAAGAACCCGGCCGGUGAAGCAUCGCAUUCUUCGCGGCUCAACAUUUACGGACUUCCGUACAUCCGCAAUAUGCCCAAAAUGACUUCAGUGGCCGACGCUGAUGUCUCCAUCAAAUGUCCGGUUGCUGGAUAUCCAAUUAUGGAAAUCAGCUGGAGCAGAGGAGAGGAAGUUUUGAGAUCUGGCAACAAGUACACACUGGAUCAUCAAACGGGUAUUCUCGUCAUUAAAUCGGUGAGUCAAGCUGGAGAUAAAGGCGUCUACACGUGCACGGUCCGCGACCGACAGGGUCACACGGCCCGUCGUGAUUUCACUCUCGACGUUGUCGUUCCGCCUAGGAUGGAUGCAUUCGGUCAUCGAGAAGAAGAGCAGAUAUUGAAACAAGGAAUCCGGACGCGUUUGCUGUGCGGAGUCAGCCAGGGCGACAAACCGUUGGAAUUCAGCUGGACGAAAGACGGAUAUCCGGUUUUGUUUGGCAGCGGAGAAGGAGCCGGACUUCCGGCGGUCAACGUCCGCGAAGUGGACGCUGAUUCCAGCGCCCUCACCUUCACCAACUUAAGCGCCAUCCACUCGGGACGGUACGAAUGCGUGGCACGCAACGCCGCAGGCGUCGCACGUCAAAGCACUCGCUUGUUCGUUCAAGUGCCACCAUUUUGGAUCGUCGAGCCGAGAGAUGUCAGUGUUUUAGCCGGCCAACCACUCACGGUUCAUUGUCAAGCUGAUGGCUAUCCUAAACCGAACGUGACCUGGACAUGGACACCUAACACGGCUUCAUCUUCGAAUCAAGAGACGACGGCUUCUCAUGUGCUAACUAACCGUACGUCGCCCGCCUUCCUCAGAGUAAUGGAGAACGGGACGCUCAUUAUCCGCUCUGCCCGCAAAAGCCUACAGGGUCGAUAUUCAUGUCGCGCUGUCAACAGGAUCGGUCAGGAUCUUAUAGCCACAAUUUCAAUCACCGUUCACGUUGGACCGAGAUUUCGUGACUCGUUGUCCAGGUUGGCCGUCAAACGAGAUGCCCAGGCAUCGCUGCAUUGUCGGGUCGAAGGUGACGUUCCUCUUCAUUUGGCCUGGAGGCGAAGCUCUUCAUCAACUUCGCUUCUUUCAUCUAAUUACAGGUUACGAAUCCAAGAGAAGGAAGCCCCGCCCAGUGGAUUAGUUUCUACGUUGACUAUUAUUGGGACGCAAGUGGAAGACACGGGCAUUUACAUCUGCAUUGCGUCCAACAGUCACGGCCAAGUAGAACGGGAUUUCCAGCUGACUGUUUUAGAACCACCUGAACAGCCUCGCCAUCUGCAAGUUCAGGAGACGUCCAGUCGUCGGGUAACGCUCUCGUGGCUAGCUCCAUCCAGCGCUAAUACUUAUAAUCCUCUUAUCGCUUACAUCGUUCAAUAUCGAGAGAGCAAACAUGGGGGCACGUGGCAAGAGACGGACAACUUGUCCGCCUACAGUACCAAUUACAGCCUGGAAGGUCUCCAACCGUCCACGUCAUAUCAAGCAAGAAUAGUGGCGGAGACGAGCGCCGGAAGAGGACCACCGUCCGACCCUGUUGUUAUAACAACUUACGGCGAACCUCCGGGAACUUGUCCGUCCGACUUGCGUGCAGUGCCUGUUUCCUCAUCGAGUAUCCGGUUGACGUGGACGGCAAUCAACGGCAACAGCUGGCAUAGCAACUUGAUAGGCUAUCAUUUGGGCUUUCGCCAGGACAACGCCAUGUCGUACAACUUUACGACAGUGCCGCUGAUGGACCAGCAAUCGAACGGCCAGCUGGAACUGACACUCAGCCAGCUCCGCAAAGCCACCAAAUUUCUGAUCGUUGUUAGGGCAUUCAAUCGCUACGGGGAAGGACCUUUAUCCGCACCUUCGUCGGCCGUCACGUUCGAAGAUGUUCCAUCUGCGGGUCCGCAAUCGUUGCGAUGUUCCACAUCGUCGUGGCAGAGCAUUGAAGUGACAUGGCAAGCACCUCCGGCUUCUGAACAGAACGGAAUUAUCCAGCAUUAUCGUCUGCAUUACGAAAUUAUGGCACCUCCACCUUUAACGGUUGAGGCUGUCGUCAGCGCCGCAAGCGCACCGCAAAUGAAAACGGUUGACGGCAUCUAUGCUACAUUGACUGGAUUAUCAGCCCAUUCAGCGUAUCGGAUACGAAUUGAAGCCGUUACGCGGAUAGGUGCUGGACCAUUUUCCGCGUCCGUUACUUGUUUAACUGACGAAGCUGUGCCGAAAGCUCCGGCGGAUGUCAAGGCUUUUAGUAGCGGUACCAAUUCGGCUGACAUUUGCUGGGCAAUUCCUGCUCAAACUAACGGCCAAAUACUUCACUACACAGUGAACAUCAAAGCUGGUGGCCACGGAACGUCCAACUCAAACGUCCAGCGCCACACUGUGCCCGGAUCGCAGACUUACUACCAGGUGGAUGCGUUGCACACGUCUUCGACCCAACCGGCUUUCUUCGAGAUCUGGGUGACGGCCACCAACAGGGCCGGCAUUGGAGAUAAAUCAAAAAUCAUCCGUUUUUCACCCAAUUACAAAGCCAACAAUUUGGCCGUUUGCUCAUUUGGACGUCGUGUGGUCCAGCUAUGGAGAUCUAGUAUCGAUCUGCCCUGUCACGUUGUUGGCAAUCCUGUCCAGUUAAACUGGACGUACAACGGGAAAUUGAUGGAACACAAAUCAACGGACGAUCAGAAGGAGUUCACCGGUAAAAACAAGACCAACGGUUACACGAGUUUAACGGACUUGAAGAGAAGCGAUGCGGGCAAUUACACCUGUUCGGUCACAACCGGAUUCGUCAUCGAUUCCAUCACGUAUCAACUAAUUGUUCUAGUUCCGCCGGCUCCUCCGGUGCUUCACGUGUUUCAAACAAAUGCGCAACAAAUUCAAAUGCAGUGGAAAGUGGAAGAUGAUGGCGGAAGUCCUGUGCGCGGAUUCUUGCUUCAUUGGCGACUCGCUGAAGGCGGAGAUUGGGAGGAACGUGAACUAGAUAGAUUAGCAACAUCCACUCAGCUCGACAAUUUGCGGUGCGGAACGCGGUACCAGAUUUACGUGACGAGUCAUAACGCUGUCGGAACAAGUGGUCCUAGCAAUUCAAUGACGGCGAGGACUAAAGGAGAUGCGCCUCUAGUCCCAUCUUCGACAUCUGCUGCGCUAAGUGCCAAUUCCUCGCAUAUUACCGUCUUUUUAAACGGUUGGCAAGAACGCGGAUGUCCGAUACGCUCGUUCGGAGUUGAUUUCAAAAUGGAUGGAGAAGCGUACUGGACAACAGUGUCGGACGACAUUCAAAAUCUGUCCGUCAUCUUUAUCGAAGACGUUCAGCCAUCAACGGCGUAUCAUCUGAAAGUGCGGGCUAAAACUAGCGCCGGAAUCGUGACGGUGGAAUAUGACUUAGUCACAUUAGAUCACAUGGGCAUUGCACCGACCCCCGAUCGCAUCAACCGGGCCGGACGCCAGCUUUUACCGCCCACUAGUAGCAACAAUUCGAUGGAUAGCGGUCACGUCAUUCUACCGUGGUGGCUCAUCGGUGCCGUCAGUGCGGUGGGAACAGCUUCGCUUCUGGGUUUGGUUGUGGCUUGCUCGUGCUUGUACAAAACACGAAGUGAAAGUAGGCGGCUUGUUGCUUCGGCUUUGCCAUCAGAAUCUACUCUAGCCGAAGGGAUGAAUAACGCCAAUAACACGUGGAACAAGAGCCACAAGUCCGGAUCAACACCGGCGGAUCGCAACAGCUCCAAACGGAGUUCCACCUACGAACUUCAAAGUUAUUCUGGAGAUCAACACGACGACAUUUAUCCGUACGCAACUUUCGAAUUGCAUCGAGAUCAUCAUCCACGUUCUCCUGUUAAAAUGCUGGACAAUCCCCCCGACUUCACACGUCUAAACAAGUACGGUCAUCAUGGCGGCAUUGGAACUCAUAUAAAAUUACCCCUGAGGCCGCCUCCCACCUGGUCGGAGUUGAGCACUAUCGAAAUCGAGCGACACUUUCAAGGCUCACCAACCGUUUCUGACUCGGAUUUGGAAAGUUUACCUAUACCGCCGGAUUACGCCCACGAUCGCGGACAACUGGGUAGGCCUCCUCGCCAAGGAAUGAACAGUAGCUUCAUCACGAACGGACCGGGCCUCAAAGACUACGCUUCAAAGUCAACGCUCAAUAAACGCUUCAGCGCCAUCACCAAAGAGGCUUCAUAUUACUCGUCUUCCACGGAAUUCUCGCCAAUUACCGGAGAGCUAUCGCAACGUGGUGGAUUGCAGGACAAACAACAUCAAAGACCUAGUCAUCCAGUGCCGAAAAAGUCUGUGCCUCUACUGAGACUAGUGGAUCAGUCCAAUCUAUGGAGCGGUCUGCAGUAUAAUCCCGAGGAUCAGAUGACCGUCUCGUCAGCUGGUUGGACGGCUAAUCCAUUCGCGACAUCGGAAUCGACGCUGUCAGAUAUUGGCCGCACUGGCAUCGUUCACCGGCCGAAAGCCAGCAGGAAUGGCGGCCCACCUCAGGCUCCCAACAGUAGCAACAGCAUUAAACAAGGGCACCAGCAGCAUUCAGAAUCGUCGCCUCUAGAUCAUUCAAUAGCCGUCUAAUCUAUCGUGGACACAUUUCCCUUUGCGUCGAAAAUCCUCUUUUGUGUCUCUCCUUCCUGCCAUACAUAAUGCUGUAUAUGUACUUUGAAAAUUGAAAUCGAUUUAUUUGCUGUUGUCGCAAGGCCGGAUUAUAUGGACGUUAAAUACAUACCAUGAUGGACUU